AAAAUAUCGAAACCACAGUUACAGCAAUAUAUAGUACCGUAUAUAAUUUAUACAGAUUUUUAUUAUGGGCCCAUGUAUAUAUUAUACGUCUGUACAUCUAUACUCAUCAUCGGCCGUGCUUUUGAGUCGGAAACUUUAUGUAUUCUGAUGCCAAAAUGUACGUAUUUUAUUAACUAAAGACAUUAUAUUAAAUCGUGGAUAACAAUUCACUAACCUUACACCAGUGAGUGGAAUGACAAGAGAAGCCGAUAGAAGGAUUAUUAGUAUACAUGAUUUUAAUAAUACUAAUAUUUAAUUUCGGUAAACCUAUGAAAAUAAAUUGUCAUGAAAUGACUAUCGAUAGUCUUCAUUCCAUUUAAAUUUUUGUUCUAAACAAUAAUGUAAAAGCCUAAAAUAUUAUUUUAAUUUAUUUAGACCUCUAAAUCAUCAUUGAUUAAAACACUACCGAUAAUGAACAGUUUUCCAACUUUGAGGCGUUAAUUUUACCCAUUAUAAUCGUUGUCGAUUUCAAAUUGAUUUAAUUAUAUGUAUCUUGAUCGUUAUAGUUGUUUUAGAUUCUUUGCAACGAUUAAAAUAAGCUCAAAUAGUUUCAUCUUGUUUCUGUAACGUAUGAACAUGGCAAAAUUCUUGUAAAUAAACCAAUAAUAUACUUACUGUUUGUGACAACGGAUCGAAAAGUCACAAAAGGUACGUAUAUUAUUGGUUUACUUAAAUGGAUCGAAACGUAUAUUAUGGGUUUACUUGCAAGAAUUUUCCCAUGUUGAUUAAAAUGUUUCAGAAUGUAUGAGCAGUCGAUGUACCAUAUUUCAAAUCAUUGAAAAUUAUGAGUGCGCCAUCAUUAUUUUAACACGUCAUGGUUGCAUGAACUCCUUGUUUUCGUAUACUGAAGUUGAAGUCACUUCCAAAUUAUCCAAAACUGUUUGGAGUUCUGAGAAGUGUAAUAUUGACCUAGGCCUAUACAUUUUCUGUUUACAGAACGCCCUCUCGACAUGUGUUGUACAACUUUUGCAAGAGCUUUGUUGAUUAUCUUCAAUAUAAUUUUUUGUGCAAUAGGAAUUUCCAUUCUUUCUGUUGGUAUAUGGAUUGUGACCGAUCCACAUAAGUUGGAUAUUCUAGCCAUUCUGGAUAAUGCAGUGGUGGCCAACACUGCGUAUAUCCUCAUCGGCUUGGGUAUCUUCAUCGUCAUCGUGUCCAUCCUUGGAUUCUGCGGAGGCAUCAAGAAGAAUAAGUGUAUUUUAAUAAUUUACUUCAUUAUAGUUCUAGUGGUCUUUUGGAUUCAGUUCAUAUCUUGUUCCAUCGUAAUUGCGUAUAAGGAUAAAGUAGACGUACACGAACUUGGCGAUUCCAUGGACAAUUACAUAACUCCUUGGGAUGAUGACAACAAAUAUAAUAAUGGAUGGAAUAGCAUCCAAAUUCUACUUGAAUGUUGUGGGACUAAUUCAUCAGCCGACUGGAAGUCAACACCGUAUGCAGGCAGCUCGUAUUUGAAUAAGACGUGGACUUAUCCCCCUUCAUGUUGCAAGGUUGCUGAUCUAAAUGACUUCGAAGACGGCAAAUACCCAACACCGGUUGAUGUUAAUGGUUGUGUUUCAAAUCCAAAUGCUGAUAACAUGAACUCAAAUGGAUGUUAUCAAGCUUUUCAAGAUUGGGUUGAGAAGAACGCCCUCUUCAUUGGCGGCCCUGGUUUGGGUCUGGCUUUUCUUGAGAUUUUCUGUCUGGUGUAUGCAAUGUGCAUCAUCUGUUGUGACUAACGUUGCUUAAUCAUCAGCAACUUUUAGACGUACUCAUAUCCUUACUAUUGGUGUUAUUGAAGUGAAAGCAUUAUGUUAUUUAGUUAACAGUGAUAAUGUUUAAUAGCUUUUUAAAUAAACUAUACACUACUUGCCAUCGCACCCAACUUACAAUGCAUGAAUGCGCACAUAUGAGUGCUAAUGAGCACCAGUCGUGCGAUUUGCACUCUUAAUCGCUGAUUUGUGUGCGAAUUUUCUUUUAUUUUCUUUUUAAAUGUUUUUAAUGUUUUCUGUAUUUAUCGCUAAAUUGAAAUAAGUAAAGUCGGAUGUUCUUACGCAAUGAUGUUUAACAUUUGGAAUUACUCGAAUAAAUACAGUAUUUUAUUAAAAGGAGAUCACGAAGUACAGUAUUAUUAGCCUACGAAUUGUCUUUACAUUUAUAUAUUAACCCAACUUGUAUCUUCAAAAUGUAUCAAAAUUCCAUACCAUUCUUUUCCGUUUUUUGUAGAUUUUCUGUUUGGUGUAUGCAAUGUGCAUCAUAUGUUGUGACUGAGGUCGCUUAACACUGGUGUUACUGAAGUGAAAGGCAUUAUGUUAUUUAAUUAACAGUGAUAAUGUUUAAUAGCUUUUUAAAUGAACUAUAUACACUACUUGUCAUCACACCCAAAAUGCAUGAAUGCGCACAUAUGAGUGCUAAUGAACACCAGUCGUGCGAUUUGCACUCUUGAUCGCUGAUUUGCGUGGGACUUUAUUAAUAUUAGUAUUAUUUUUUUUCAUGUUUUGACGUUUCCUAUAUUUAUCGCUAAAUUGAAAUGAAUGAAGUCUAGUGUUCUUACGCAAUGAUGUUUAAUAUUUGGAAUUGUUUUAUUGUAUCGGUUCACAUUUAGUAAUAAUUUAGGCCAUAAUUGAUGAUUCAAUCUUUGAAAUAAAAAGUCACGUUGUGGUGCAAAUACCGGUAACCAAUGGGCCUAUAAUAGAUUUUAAUUGAUUUGAUCUGACAGUAUUUGCUAUAAUUACAUUCAAUGUUUUGUGUAGAAUAAUAUAGAAUGAUAUGUUAAAGUCAUGUGAGGCGGUAUACAUUGAUCCCAUAAUAAAAUAUUAGCUUAGAAAUUA